AUGAUAAGAACAGAUUAUCCAAUCGAGGAUCAAACCGAAGAAUAUAAUGAAGGCGUUUUCAUGGUUAACGGAGAUGAUGACACAGCAUUCUUUAACCUUGAUCUUGGAGGAUCCUCAACAUUUGGAAAGAAGAAACAAUCUUCUGGAACAAUGGGCGGUUUUGUUAGAAAUGAAUGGAAGAAUCGCGAUACAACUAUUGCAGCAGCUGCAAAAUCUACAAUUGAUCCUUCAGCUAGUUGCUCCAAAAAUUGUGAUGCAUGUGCACUUUCAUUUUUAUGCAAAUCGUCAUUCAAAGGCUUAUCAUCGUUAGGUGGUGGCAAUUUCAUUCCAAAACUCGUCUAA